AUGUCGGCAGACGCAGAGAGAGAAAAGGCAGCCAGGCGGCGCCGGGACAAGGUGCAGCUGUCGUGCCAUCUGUGUCGCAAGAGAAAACUGCGCUGCAAUCGCGUCCAGCCUUGCUCCAACUGCUCGUCCCGCGGCCUCGCCUCAUCGUGCACAUUCCCCGACAACAGCAACCCGCCGUCUGCGCCCGCCGGCACCGCCAAGGCUGCCAGCUUCCAAGAUCGCAUCAACCAUCUCGAGGGCCUCGUCGUGCAGCUCCUCCAGCAGGAUGCCCAACCUAACAAGCCUCCCCCGCUGUGCGCCAAGUGCUCUGCGCCUCUGGGCGGCGCGGGCGACGAUGACGGCCCUCGUCGCCCUCCUCCCGAGUCCGCGACCGCGACCGCGAACACGCCUGCCGCUGCAUCGACGCCUGCGACCACAGUCUCAUCGCCAUCGCGUGCGUCGCAUUCGCAUCCGCUCGACGUCGGCAAACUGCAGAUCGACAGCGCCAAGAGCGCCUACGUCAGCAGCCCGCACUGGAGCGCCGUGCUCAGCGGGCUGUCGGAGCUCAAGAGCUUCUGGCCAACGACGACCAUGGCAGCCGAAGACGAAGACGGCGAUGACGACGACUUCUUCCCCGGCGACCAAAGCGAUAACCAGUACUACAAGGCAGACCUGGACAGCCACGAGUCGUCGCCCAUGCAGGCCGCUGUGGCAACUCCGGGCAAGAGGCGCUUCCAGCUGCUGUUUGGCGGGCACAAGCAGCAGUCACUGGAUGAGAUUCUGCAGAUCAUGCCGCCGCGCGAGGUCGUGGACCGCCUGGUGCUGCUAUACUUUAACAAUAUGAUGCUACCGCUCGCUGUCAUCCACUCCGGGAGUUUCCUGGCACAGUAUGAGAAAUUCUGGAAAUCACCAUACGACGCGCCAAUACUAUGGAUCGCCAUGCUUCUCGGCAUCAUGAGCGUCGCCAGCCAGACCGAGGCCGCCUGGGCUCACUACGCUUCCAGAUCACAUCCGCCUUCCGGCCUCAGUCCAUCGACGACGAACGCGCAGUCAUCGUCACUUCCGCUCUCCUCGCCCUUUCCGCUCCAGACGCCCCCCUACGUCGACCAGAUCGUCGCGUGCCUCAUUCUCGGCGAAUACAGCAAGGGCGGCGCCUACGCCAUCGAGGCGCUCCUGCACUACCAGUUCAUCGAGGUGACGAGCUCCGCCGACGGGCACGCCGACGCCUGGCUGCUCUCGGGCAUCGUGACGCGCCUCGCCUACCGCAUGGGCUACCACCGCGACCCGUCGCACUUUGCCUCCCUCAGCCCCUUUCAGGGCGAGACGCGCCGCCGGCUGUGGAUCACCGUGCACGCCAUGGACACCAUGAUGUCGGCGCAGAUGGGCCUGCCGCGCCUCAUCAAGGCCGGGUCCGCCGACGUGCGCCUCCCGCGCAACCUGCACGACGCGGACCUCGACCCGGCCUGCGCGGCGCUGCCCCCCGAGCGGCCCUGGACCGACCUCACCCCGACGCUGCACCUCAUCGCCAAGCACCGCCUCUUUGUCGUCAUCGGCACCAUCACCGACGUCGGCAUGAGCGUCGAUGUCGCCGGGCCCGAGAACCCCGUCGCGCGCGAAAAGGAGCUCACGAGCCUCAUCCGCACCACCUACGACGAGCUGCCCGACCAGUGCAAGUUCCACAGCAUGCUGGGCUGCAUCGCCGACAAGGCCGCCGACAUUAUCCACCGCAUCGGCGCCAGCGCGCUGCUGCAAAAGGGCCUCAUCGCCAUCCACUGGCACCGCCUCAUGGCGAGCGACGCCGCCGAGGAGGCCGAGCAGCUGCGCGACGCCGCCGGCGAUAGGGCGCACGUCCGCCAGUCGUACGCCAUGUGCAUCCGCGCCGCGCUCAAGGUCCUCGGCUUCCAGUCCAUCGUCGAGAGCGAGUCCCGGCCCGGCGGCGGCCUGUUCCCGCAGCGCAUCCAGGCAUCGUCGGUGAUUAAGCACGAGUUUCUCAUGAGCACCGUCGUGCUGUGCCGGCACAUGUACCGCGUCGCUGCGGGCCCGUUUGGCUCGCCGCUGCUCGAAGUCGCUCUGGAGAAGAGCAGCAGCGACAGCGGGGACGAAGGUGAGGCGGCGCUUCCCGAGCCGCUCGAGGUCGAGGCGGCGCUGCGCCACUCGCACAGCAUCUGGCAGAGGGGAAGUUCCGUGUCGUCCGAGGCGAGGCGCAUCUCGUCCAUCCUCGACGCGCUGUUCAGGAAGCUCGGCACCAGCUCUCCCCGGCCCGGCGAGCCAGCCAUGCCGUCGGCAUCGCCGUUUGACGACAUCGACCCGGGGCUUGCCCUGCUCGACGAGUUUGGGCUUCUGCAUCAUUUACAGGAUAUGAACAACUGCUUCGACAUGUAA